AACGAACAAUCCCUAAACACCUCUGCUUAUGAUGAACGAUCUAUUUUCACUGUGCUUCGGGAUUGAAAUUUCCACAGUAACGCUAAUAGCCGCCAACGCUUUCGCGAGGCUUUUUGGUCAGUUGAACCGCUUGACGUAGCAGGAGAGCAAAACCGUACAAUAGACAGAUACAAACCGUGCCGUGGUUGUUCCAUUUCAAACAUCACAAAAUCUCAACCUGGUUGCUUAUUUCCCGAUGCUGCGCCUACGACUACCCGGUCUACGUCAUCUUUCCAUUUACCACCCAAGUUCGUGCGAUUUGGCGGCCCAUAUUCGGCAAGGAAUGUCGAAUGAUCGUAUUUAUAAUCAGUGUUUGUUGUUCACUUUAACACAUUUUUGUUACUGCCACUGAGGUUUGGUAGCAUUUUUGUUCAUAUUACUUCUUUCACUUUUCUUACUGGCUUAGCCCGUUCGGUUCCUUCACUGUACGACCGAACCGUAUCGCACUCGGUUGGCGCUAACGGCAUCAAAAAACAGUUCACGAACGAAAUCCUUCGUGACAGUCUUUACUCAUCUUAAAACACAUCAUCUGCGCAUAACCACGAAAUUAUUUCGAUGAUAAUAUGAAGAAAAUUCUUUCUUCCUCAUGGGUGUAUAGAACGUGGUCACAAAAACUGUGGUCAAGCAAAACGGGAAAAUAGCAUGCAUGGCAUUCUACUACACUCGAUCGCUACGGACGAUACGAAAGAAAAUGAGACUUUCAUUCAACUUGAAGCAGAGAUGUUUUUUUGUGUUUUAAAGCUUCUGUCCAAACAAGAAGAGUUAUAUUAAGACAUUAGAACUAUUAUUUAAUAAAAAAAUUUAAAAACUUGCAUGUUUAAGCAUAUAAAAUUGAAUAAUGAUUUUCUGUAUAGCGUUAAUAUAAGAAUGUACAAUUAAUUUUAAAGCAAAAAUGCAAUAUAAUACUAGAAAGAAAAUUAAGAACAAUUUUAACAAUUACCUCUCAUUAUAGUUCUACAAAAUAAGUACUUGCAGAGCCAUCUAACGGCUGCAAUUACUCAAAGCUACUUACAAAAGCUUAAAUACAAAAAUGCAUUCUAGGUUCAUCAUAGUAUUAAAAAUAGAAACCAGAUCAACGUUUCGCUUUGGAAAAAAGCAAAAGUUUUUGUUUUUUUAAACAUAUACCUUCAAUGUUCUUUGCUGCUUGAACGGUAUUCAUCUAAUUCACCAAACGCUUCUAGCAUAUCUACAUUUAGGCGUAACAUACAUGACCUUAAAUUCACCAUAGGCUAGCUUUAUUUCCGUUCUUAUUUCACUCCGUUGUACAGGUGAACUGCGAGAUAUAUUAUUCUUGUGGACCGUGGAGAUCCGCGAUGAUCUGUGUAUCUCGAAAUUCUUUUCCGCUUUUUAGGAAGAGAAACAUUACCAAAAACCUUUGAAAAAAAAUAUUUGAUUUAAUUAGAAGACAUUACCAAUUUCCUUUAAACUUGAUAAUUUUAAAAUCAACCUACUUCACUGCUCAUAAUGUAUGAAGCAACAGUACAGUAGAUAACCUCAAUCGAAUUUAAUUACCAAACGGUACUACGGUAGAACAGUUUUUUUCAAAGCUACCUGUGUUUACGAUCUGUUGGUCUAUCUGAAUUGCUGCUUACGAGUGAGAGGGCAACAUAUCCGGAACCGACAAUAGCUACCAAUUAGUGUGCGUGUAAAGAGGUGUAAACAAGGAGUACACUCAGUUGCACCAUUGCAUUCUGAAGUCCCUGGGUACAAACCUACAACCGUCCCUUAUAGUACGAAUAAUUCAAUAGUAUUUGAAAAUAUUAUUAAUAUAUUGAUUAAUUAGUAAACAUAAAUCUGUUGUCUGUGUAUGUAGCAAUACCGCACUGAUAUGGGUAUGGAUCCAAAACCUCUCGAAAGAUAAUGUAGGCAUUACACAUCCUACUUCGACUCAAUACGUCCACGGCGAACAGAACGGUGACAUAUCUCCCCAAAUAUCUGAGCUUGGCUAUACGGGGAAGCUCAACCCCUUGGGCAGAUGGUUAAUAUGAGUAAAUUAUGCGUAGGGGGACAGUCAGCGCAUGAUCUUCCUGUUAGAGGCGGCUGGAAGUCUUUUUUUAAUUUAUUUUGAUUAUAGAGAUUUUCAGUAGCUAGGACUACAUUCUCCUCUCCCGCGGUUGGAUGUCCCUUCUGUCCUGGCAUCCUACACGAUUUUAAACAGCUAGGAUACGUAGGCUUUCCGACGAGGCAAAGGGGGAGGAGAGGAAAUUGGAAUUCACCCGUAAUACAACCGCAAUAAUCAAUGCAUUUCGAAUCGGAUAAACAGAUAUCGACCCACGCUCCGAAACAAGUACAACGCAUUCUUUCGGACGAGGUGAGGGGCCGCGGUUUCGGUAUAGUAGCACUACUGGUGGUCCGUUGGAAAGGAGUUAAGGGGCGCUCAUACAUUGCAUGAUCUACCAGAGCGGUGGUGAAAAGCAUGAACUCGGUAGUAAACAUAUAUACUUAAAGCUAAUCAAAUAUUAAAGUCGAGAAAUCACAAUGCACGAAAAGGACUGAUCUAGGUUCAAAUCUCAACUCAUGACUCGACUCCCAUACACAUGACUGACAACAGAACUGAAGCAAUCAAAACCAUAGAGACAUAAUCUUGCUCAUCACAUAUCUGAAAUGCAUACCAAAAAAUCUCCAACCUCCAUAAACAAUGAUAAACAAAACACAAGUUCCAACAAUCUACAUAGGACGCAUUUAGUUUCUUCUGAUAGUCAUUCAUGUUAGAGCUUUACCAUUUUGUCGAAUCAAUAAAAUGUAUGGUGUGUAAUAAACAUGCCAUUAUAUUUCCCACAUACGUUGCUGUGCAAAAUAUACCAAUAGACAGAAAAAUGCUUCAUGUAUCAAGUCUUCCCAGAAUUGCAUUCAGUGCAAUGAUUUAUGAUAUGUUUUCCGAUAGAUAAAAAACUACGAACGCAAUGUUUCCGAUAAACCUCUUGAUUUAUGUCGGAAAACAUAGUUGAUUAUCAACGAAAGCCGUUUAUAUAAAAGGUGUCUACAGGGCAUUAAGCCAUCGGAUAUCGACCAAAAGCCCCACGAAGCGCUCGAAAAACCGUUCUCGUCCCGGGUAGUGCAAAAGAGUUGAACGUUAGUUUUGAAAGAUGAUCACUCGAAAGUGUUUCCCUCAGCUAAUCGAUCUAUACCGACGAUCGCUGCAAUAAUGGUUAGUGUCGCGAAAGUGAAGCACAAACUAUGGAAUCUUCUGCACCAGCUGUGUCACGACCCGAAGCGCUUGGUUCGUGGGAUAGUGUUGUUUAUCUGCAGCAUUGUCGUAAUGUAUCAGCUGACGGAUUGUUUCAAGAAGCUGUUCAAUCCACCAAUUUCAACUCAUUCCCGGUUCGACCUAAACGACUCCAUGCUCUAUCCCGCCAUUACCUUUUGUCGCGAGCCAGCAUACAAAGCAGAAGUAAUGGCGAAGUACAACCUGGCGAUGCAUCCCAAGUACACUAGUUCAUUCGAUCGGUUUCCCUUCAACGAGUCCUCGCUGGAGCAGCUGUUCAGCGAGGCGACAUACAACCAUAGCGAGUUUUUUAUCCAGCAUGGAUUGAACGGUGGCACAAACAAUAUAGACGUGGUGGAGAGUUUACAUUUGGACAUGGGACGAUGCUACACGCUAAAUCCGCUGACCACAACGAAGCACUCCUGGAAGGAGGCGGGAUACUCGAUCAUGUUGCGACAUGAUACGAAUAUCUCACAAGUAAGCGUUGGUGACACACCUCCUGGUUGGCACGUUUUUAUUCAUGAUGAAACGGAAGGAUUUGCAGAAAACCGCAUGCAAUCGUCCGGUCGUGUGGAGUAUUUGUAUCUGGAGGUUAACGAAGAAAUGGAAAUUCGUUUAUCAACGCAGCACUUCUUCAUGCUAGCCAGUUACGAAAAUGAAUGCGUUGAGUUUUCCAGCGUAAGCUCUACAAGGUGCGGCGAAGUUUGCCAUUGGAACGCGGUGGUUGAAUCGGUUGGAUGUUCCGGACCUUGGAUGCCUGGGCUAGGGGCGCGCGAGUGUAAUAAUUCAGAAAGUACAAAGCAAUUAAUUAAACUCUACCGUCAGCUGGAAGAUCUAGAUGGGACACAGUGCGGUUGCUUUCAGCCCUGCACCACCACAAUCUAUACUGCUUCCGUGAUGAAUCGCAAACCCUUCCACAUCAGCGUUCCUGCUGCACAGCUUUGGGUGUACUACACCUCCAAAAUGGUCACUAUUGUAGAGGAAUUUCAUGGCUAUGAUUUCAACCAAUUCGUCUCGGAUCUUGGCGGUUCGCUUGGAUUUUUGCUCGGUUUAUCGGUUCUUGGGCUUAUUGGGUUGCUAGAGAAAAUCGUGGAGCUGGUCUUCAUUCGUCGAUUGAUAGCUGAAAAGCGCAAGAAACAGAUGGCAAGAGAAAUAGUGAACAACGAUUCAAUGCAACCAACAGAUCCUAAAGAUGGGGACUCUUCCAAGACUUCAGACGACACAAAAGUAUCAAAAAAUGAAUCACCUGCAAACACUGUUCUGGAGCAGUGAAAUAGCAGCUGAAUGAUAAAAAGUCUUUAAACAAUGACUCCAAUCCAUUUUGUGUUUCAUAAGUAAGACAUUGAAAUAUAUUUAAAAUCACAAUCCGUUUUUAUCACUGCAGUGAUGCAUUUAUUCAUUUACCGAUAAUUUUAAAGGGAAUAUUUUCUCCACAACGAAACAAAACGGUAAGAAACUUUGUAUUCUAUCUUUACUAAUUUAAAAUACGUAUACCUAAUCACGUUUUAG